AGAGCAUUAUAUCAAAAGUAAAAAACUGGGACAGUUAAUUUCUGUGCUCAAAAUCAUUUGAACACUGAUCUCAUCUUCUUUAAUCUCUAACCAGCUGAGAUCAGAUUCCAUGGAUUUGCUUACACAACCAACAAUUGUAGUGAUAGCUAUAGGUUUAGUGGUUCUCUACAACAUAUGGAGGAUGAAAAAAUCAAGUGAAAAAAUGAAAGGUCUACAACCACCAGAACCCUCAGGAGCCUUACCCUUGAUUGGUCACCUCCACUUAUUAGGAGCCCAAACACCCCUUGCAAGAACUUUUGGUGCUUUUGCUGACAAAUAUGGCCCAAUCUUCCAAAUCCGUUUAGGAGCAUACCCUGCCCUUGUGAUUUCCAAUCAUGAAGCAAUAAAAGAGUGUUUCACCACAAAUGACAAAGUCUUAGCCUCACGCCCAAAGUCAAGUCAUGGAGUUCACCUUGGCUAUAACUUUGCAGGAUUUGGAUUUGCCCCUUAUGGCACAUAUUGGAUCAAGCUUAGAAAGCUUACCAUGUCUGAAUUACUCUCAGCUCGCCGCCUCGAAUUUUUGAGGCAUGUUUAUGAAUCUGAAAUUGACACUUUGAUCAAGGAUCUUCGGAUGUAUAUUGGGGACAACAUGAGUGUUAAGGUCACAAUAAGUGAAUGGUUGGAACGCUUGACUUUCAAUAUGAUCACAAAGAUGAUUGCUGGGAAAAGGUAUUUUAGUUAUUUGCAAGAUGUGGAUGAUGUAGAAGCGCAUGGUAUUGUGAAACUUAUAAAAGAGUUUAUGCAUAUAUCUGGGGAGUUUGUUCCCUCCGAUUUGAUUCCAAUUUUUGGAUGGUUACCAAUACAUGGCCAAGUGCUUAAGUCCAUGAAACGAAUUGCUAAAGAUUUGGACACCCUUGUGGGAAGCUGGGUUGAAGAACAUGCUAAGAAUGAUCCUCUGACUAACAAAUCAUGGGAGAAACAUGAUUUCAUUGAUGUCAUGCUGUCUGUUAUUGAGGACGAUACUGUCUCUGGUCAUACCCGUGAUACUAUCAUCAAAGCAAAUGUUAUGAAUCUAAUGUUAGCGGGGUCAGACACAACAUCGACAACAAUGACAUGGAUGCUAGCAAUAUUGUUGAAGAACCCACACGCUUUGAAGCGUGCGGAAGAGGAGAUUGAGAAGCAAGUGGGUAGGGAGAGAAGGGUGGAAGCAAGUGACAUAAAAAAUCUAGUUUACUUACAAGCCAUUUUCAAGGAAACACUGAGGCUAUUUCCACCAGGUCCUCUAUUGGUGCCCCACGAGGCAAGAGAAGAUUGCUACAUUAAAGGGUAUUAUGUACCCAAAGGGACCCGUGUGUUUGGCAAUGUGUGGAAACUGCAUAGAGAUCCAAGUCUUUGGGCUGAGCCUGAGAAGUUUUCACCCGAGAGGUUCAUUAAUAGCAAUGGAGAAGUUGAUGAGGGUCACCAUUUUGAGUACAUGCCUUUUGGAAUGGGUAGAAGAGCUUGUCCUGGCUCUACUUUUGCCACCCAAGUCAGCCUCAUCACCGUUGCUCGUUUGCUUCAAGCCUUUCAUUUCACUGUUCCAAUCGAUGAACCUGUUGAUUUGAGAGAAGGUUUGGGGAUCACCUUGCCCAAGUUAACCCCAUUGCAAAUUCUUGUAAGGCCUCGUCAACUUUGUCACUGAACCAGACACUGCUCUGUUCUAUAAAUCUUAACCCUUAUGUAUAAGUUUAAGUAAUUGAUAAUAUCCAAAUUUGAUGCUUUCACACUGGCAUGUCUUUGUGGAGUAUGCAAAGAAUCCUCGUUCAAGCACAAUCUUUACCAAAAGUGGCAUCCUAUAAAUAAUUUAUCAUCAAAUUCUUUAGAACAUAAUUGUAGGAAAAAUCUGUCAAAUUUAUGUCCAAAUUUUGUUCCUC